ACAUCGCUUCCAUUUUUUUACUACUACCCAUUCUACAUUUAUAUGUAUACCAAUAUAAAAUUUAUUUUGUUGAUCACUGGGAUCACUGUUUGUUAAACAGCGUAAAAAAUAGUGUUAUAAAUUUAAGUACUGUUAAAGCAAGUGAUUUUAAAUUUUUACAUGAACAAUGUGCAAGUAAAUUUAUUUUAAAAAUAAAUUCAAACUAAAAAAAAUUAUCUGUCCAUCGCCUUAACAAUUUUCUGACUUGAUUAAAUAAAUUUAAUUAACUCCACUUGUCAGUGGGUUUUAAAAAUUGCUAAAUAUAAAAAAAAAUUAUAAAAGUGAAUUUGUUAAAACUUUUAUGUCAUAUAUUUAAAUUUUAGUUUAAAAUUAAGUAAAUAAUGUUUAGUAUAUAAUAAGGUUGGAAAGCUCCAUAAUGUGUCAAUAGAAAAAUUCUAUUUUUGUAUUCAUCCCGUUGAUUCGAAUGACCCUAAUUAUCCACAAUAAAUAUAAGCCAUGAUAAAAUUAUUGGAAAAAGAUAAUGAAGUUGUGGCAAAUUUAAACUUUUUCACUCUAUCGUUAUUUAUAUUUUUAAAUUUAAAUUUAAAAUAAAAAUGUUUUGUUUAAAUGAAAUAUUUAAAUUAAAUAAUGAAAUAUUUAUAAAUAUAUAUAAAAAUAAAGUUAAAUUUAUGUCAUGGUUUGAUAUUUUAGUUAAAUCACAAUUUAUAUCACGGAUAAAUUUUAUAAAUAAAAGGUCGUUGUUAAAAAGUGAUAAAUAUAAUAUAGUAAAUAUGAAAAGUAUCGUAUCAUUUUUAAGAUCACUCAUGUAUUUUACUGUUAUAUUCAUUGUUGUAAAUAUAUUGUCGGUGGCUGAUGCAUCAGAGCCACUUAGAAACCCGUAUGAAGUUUUGGGAGUAACGAGACACGCGACAAUUCAAGAUAUAAGGAAAGCAUACAAAAAUCUUGUUAAAGAAUGGCAUCCAGAUAAAACAGAUCAUCCGGGAGCUGAAAAUAAAUUCGUUGAAAUAACGAAAGCCUAUGAGUUGUUAUCCGAUCCAGAAAGAAGAAGAAAAUUUGAUAAUCAUGGAAUAACUGAGGAACAUAUUUCAAGACCAAAACAAUCAAAUUACUUCCAUAAGACUGAUCCUCUUGACGAAUUGUUUAGUGGCGGUAAUUUUAAAUUUCAUUAUCAAACUCGUGACUUAUCAUUUUUUCACAAGAUGAGUAUUUCUUAUCGUACGUAUGAGAAUAAUGUUGUACCUAAAAGCUAUCGAACGCCGUAUUUUAUUUUGUUUUACUAUGACUGGUGUUUCACUUGCUUUCAAAUCGAACCGACCUGGAGACGAUUGAUUGAUGAGUUGGAACCCAUUGGGGUUAAAUUGGUAACAGCAAAUGCUGAGCGCGAGCCUUCAUUCGCGAGAAAAGUUAGCGUUCAUUCUGUUCCAUGUCUUGCUAUUACUUUGGAUGGGCGUACGAGUAUUUACAAAGAUUCUUUGUUCAGCGAAAAAAGAAUUGUUGAAUUUUUACGGAAUAAAUUUCCUUACAAGCUGUUCCAAAAUAUUAACGAUAAUAAUAUUGAUCAAUUUUUGUCUGGCUGGGUAGACAAUAAAAUACGAGCUUUAAUAUUUGAAAAACGUGAUUCGCCUAGAUUGCGUUAUCUACUUGUCGCAUUUCAUCAUCGUGAACGAGUUGCAUUUGGAUUUGUUCAACUCGGCAAAUCUGAGACCGAAGCAAUAGCACUGAAAUAUAAAAUUCCAAAAGAUAUGAAUACUCUGUUGUUAUUCAAUGAAAACUCCGAAAAACCCAUGGCUUCAGUCAGUAUGAAAGACAUAUCCAGCGAAACGAUGCAUAAUGUAAUAAAAAACAACAAUUAUUUAACGCUACCUCGACUUUCAAACCAAGCGAUGUUAGAUUCCGUGUGUCCGCCUGAAUGGUUGAAGCCGCAGAAACGACUAUGCGCGAUUUUGGUGUCACAAAAUAGUGCGAUCCAUGAUUUAGCACGACACAAAUUUCGUCAAGCUGCUAUGGAAUCACCCUACAGCACUGAGCGUGUAAGAUACACGUACAUAUUCAAAGAAUCACAGCCAGAAUUCGUGGCAGCGUUGAGUGCAAGUGAAGGCAGUCCGAUGGAACCUCUGCUGCACAUCGUGAUAAUUUGGCGGCGUGAUGUAAAUAAUUUGAAAUACGAGUGGCUGAAAACGCAGUGGGUUGAGCCGACCCAAGAUGAAAACAAAUGGAACGAAUCGAGACGAAAUUUAGAACAAACGAUUCAAAGAUUGUUGCGAAUUUCCGAAGCGUUGCCUUACGCAGCUAAAAUCGAAGAGCUGGCUGACGAACAUGCCCAGGGAACUGUUGAUAAAAUCAUUGGAAGAGCGCUACUGGCUGUUGACUAUAUCUCUGAUAAUAUUUCCAAGGAACAAAUUCUUCCUCUGAUAUCUGUUAUAGCGACGUUGGUAUUAAUCGGAGCUGCUGGCUACGGAAUGUCUUAUCUAGUUAAAUUAGAAGAAAUAAGUAUUAAAAUGAAGAAAGGCGACUAUGAGAAUAAUUCAAAGCCAUCGCAACUGUCCUCGCAAUUGAGACUCCAUGAAUUGCGGGCGGAAAAAUACAACGGGCUUGUACGGUUACUGAAACCUGGAUGCCGGACUAUUAUAUUGCUGGUGGACCAUCAGAGCAGAUUGAAAUUAAUCCCGGCAUAUCACAAAGCGAUUUGGCCUUAUAGAAAAAAUAAAACAUUGAUGUUUAGUUAUAUGAAUAUGGAACGGGGAUUGAAUUGGUAUAAAAAAUUAUUAUCGUUAAGUCUGCCGGAUUUGAUUGAAUUGAAUAUCAAUCCGAAAAAUUGUGUGGGUACUGUUCUGGCAUUGAAUGGCCACCGUAAAUAUUUUUGCAUUUAUCAUGCUAAGCAUCCGGAGUGUAAUAAAGAUAAAGAGUCAAAGCGCAUGGAACGAAUCACCAAACAAAUGAGUCAACGAUCUGACGAUGCAGAAGCUGGCGCAUUUAUAGGCUUUGAUGAUUCGAGUGAUUCAGAAUUGUCUCAGGAUGAAAUAAAAAAUAAUCUUCCUGACCCAAACAAACCUUUAGCUGGUUUACCCAACUGGCUCGAUAGAUUAUUCGAAGGCUCGACACAGCGCUAUCAUGUUAACUACUGGCCGGAUUUCACUGCCAAAUAAUAAAAAUAUAAUUAUAAUAAUAAUGGUAUGUAUCUAAACUUUUACUAUUAAAAUAAUAAAUCAGGUGUCUUGAUUCUAGUCAGUUAAGUGCUAUUAGUAUAUCUAUUGAAAAGUGUUAUCAACAAAACUAUAAUUUAAAUUCACCUUAAAACCAUAACAUACUCAUAAAAAAUAUAAAUAUAAAUAAAACAGUUACGUUGUUAAAAUCAUGUACCUAUCGUUAUAUGUAUGAGCUUACGUAGUCCGAUUUAAUUCAAAUCAGUCAUGAAAAUUAUAAUAUAUAAAUAAUACCCAAGACAUUGUUGAUUUCAUGUAGUAGACAUAAUUUAAUUAAUUAGGGAAGGCAUCAAUUGCCUAUGUUGUUUUUGCUGAAUGUAUCAAAUGCCUACAAUAUUUUUUCGUACAUAAAUUCUUACUGCUGCCAACUAAAAUUUAUUUUCUACGGUUCUAUUGCCUACCAAAAUAUUAAAUAUAUAAUUUAAUUGCAUAAAAAAAUAAUUGCAGUUCUAUUGCCUACGGAAAAAUAAUUAAUGAUGUUCAAUUGAUUGCUAUUUAAUUGUGAACCCAGUCAAAGAAAUUCCUAAUUAAUAUAGACAAGCUUCUGAUUUAUUUGCUGAGAAAAUCUUGUACUUGUUGAGGAGAAAUGAUCAACGUUAAAGACCGAUCACUUGAUAAAAAAAACGCAGCUGGUCUGAAAAAUAUCAGAACCUCGGUAGUCUUGACAAUAGCAACUGUAAAACUUGACAGAGUUUUCUAUCAGAAAUUAGUGAGCUGAUCAGGUGAUUCCCUAAGUCGACUAUGAGAUUCAACCCAGUGUCUUAUUAUGGACCGGGCGAGUUAUACUUUUAUCAAGACUACCGCGGUUCUCAUAUUUUACAGAUCAAUCGUCUUUUUUUUAUCAAGUGAUCGGUCUUUGUUGAUCAUUUCUCCUCAAGUACAAGAUUUUUCAGCAUAAUCAGAAGCUCGUCUACAUUAAUUAGGAAUUUCUUUGAUUGGGUAUACAAUUAAAUAUCAAUCAAUUGAACAUCAUGAAUUAUUUUCCGUAGGCAAUAGAACUGCAAUUAUUUUUUUAUGCAAUUAAAUUAUACAUUUAAUAUUUUCGUAGGCAAUAGAACUGUAGAAUAAAUUUUAGUAGACAAGAGCAGUAAGAAAUUAGAAUGAACGAAAAAAUAUAGUAGGCAUUUAUUUAAGUUUUAUUAAUAUAAAAAAAUAAUAUUUCCUAUAUUAUUCAAUCAGAAAUUUUGAUGGACCAAAAAUUAAUAAUUUUUUUUAAAGUUAUUGUAUUAUUUUAAUUUUUAAACCAACGGUGGAGUCUAGUCAAGUCACAGAAAACGUCCUAGUAAAAUUUUAAUAAAAUUGAUUUUUAUUUU